CUAUAAUUCUUUCAUUAUUUUCGAGUCUUGAGCGAAACAGUACGCGCUUAUUGUUGGGCGUCUGAAAUUGGACACCGCUGGCAUUGAGGUCCCUAUUUCUUGCGGAUGGAUACGUUGGGUUGACAAUGUGGAUGGAGGUUGUUAAGAUGUCUACUCGAAGGAUGAAAUGGUCUAAAUUGUAGCAACAAAAAAGGGGACGCGAGUGUAGUAGAGUUUGGAUGAGAAAAGGGAACGGUGUUUUAAUGACGUGGAUGGUUGUACAAACCAAGAUAUAAUCAGAAGAGGAGAAGAUACCGUCACCCUUUUAUCCAGUGCUUUUGAAGAAGCGCUGUGGGGUGAAAAUCUCUUGAAGUUUUAUGUUAUUUUUUCUACGGUGGUUCGUCUACCUAGCAAUCUAUUUUACAGUUGGAUGCUGCACAUUUGAAAAGAAAAAGAUGUUUGCACCACCUGUAGCUAAUGGGAAGAACAGACCAACGACGCUUGCCAGCAGCCAGUUUGGCGGGUCAGGGUUGGAUGAGCGCAGUGGUUCCAGUUCGUGGGGCCCCGGAGAGCAGAACAGCCCCUCCUUUAAUCAGGGACGGGGCUAUGGGGAAGGCUCUCACUAUAAUGAGCAUGAUGGACUGUCCUCUUCCCCCUUCCUUACCUCAGGGAUUGUUGGUAAAAAUGAAAGAGUACCUUACUCCUCCUUUGGGACACAGCCUGGUUUCCUGCCCAGUGACAUGGCAAUGCCCAGCCCAGAUGCUAUGUCACCCUCUGGCCUGAAGUCUGGCUCUCAGUUCUACCCCUCAUAUCCCAACAACCCCCGUAGGCGGCCCUCAGAGGGGAACAUUGACACCCAGCCAAAGAAGAUAAGGAAAGUUCCCCCUGGCCUGCCCUCUUCUGUCUAUGCCUCCACCUCCGGGGAGGAGUUCACCCGCGAUGGUGCUGGAUACCCUGCGUCCAAGCCAGGGACAGUGUUCCCCGGCUCUUUCUACAUGCAAGAGCCCUUGCACCCUUCCCCAGACCCCUGGGGCACCUCUGGGCCACUGGGUCAGCCGGGGUACUCUACCAUGCUGGGCAACUCCCCUCACAUGGGCCAGCCGGGCCCCUUCUCUGCCAUCAACCCCCAGGACAGGAUGAACUACCCCCUCCAUGGCAGUGAAGUGAACGGCAGUUUGCCCUCCGGCUUCCACUCCAGUUCAGGGGGAUAUGGCGUCUCCAAUCAUACGCCCCCCAUCAAUGGCACAGAUGGCAUCAUGGCCAACCGAGGCACCACAGCAGGGAGCUCAGGAGACGAGAUUGGAAAGGCUUUAGCUUCGAUCUACCCCUCGGACCACAACAGCAACAACUUCUCCUCCACCCCCUCCACUCCAGUGGGCUCUCCUCAGGGCAUUGCAGCAGCUGCAUCUCAGUGGCCCAGACCCUCUGGUCAGGCUGCCUUAUCACCCAACUAUGAGGGUGGACUGCAAGCACUGCAGAACAAAAUGGAGGACCGUUUGGAGGAGGCCAUCCAUGUGCUGCGCAGUCAUGCUGUGGGGCAGGGCCCAAGCAUGGGGGGAGCUCACUCGGACAUGCAUAACCUGCUGAGUGCGGUGUCCUCUGUGCACAAUGGAGGCUUGGGGGGGCUGGCACAGGCUUUCUCCAAUGCUGGGCUGGCCCUCAGCAACCGUCACCCUGCCAUGAUGGGCAGUCAUCAUGAGGACUCUGCAGGCCUUCCUCCGAGCAGUGCGCUUCUGCACGGUCACCAUGCCUCAGUCCCCGCACAGCCUGGCGGGCAAACUGAGGGCUUCACCAGUCUGUCUGGAGGCAUGACCCGCUCCACACACUCCUCUAGCAGCUCAGACAUCAAGAGAGAGGACAAAGAGGAUGAGGAGAACUCCACUGCAGAGAAGUCUGAGGAUGAGAAGAAAGAUGGAAAGGUGUCCCGCGGCAGGACAAGUCAAGAUGAGGACGAUGAUGAGGACCUUCCAGCAGAGGUCAAGGUGGAGCGCGAGAAGGAGCGGCGGGUGGCCAAUAACGCUCGCGAGAGGCUGCGGGUUCGAGACAUCAAUGAGGCCUUCAAAGAGCUGGGCCGCAUGUGCCAGCUCCACCUCAGCAACGACAAACCUCAGACCAAACUGCUCAUCCUCCAUCAGGCCGUCAAUGUUAUACUCAACCUGGAGCAACAAGUGCGAGAACGCAACCUGAAUCCAAAGGCUGCCUGUCUGAAGCGCCGCGAGGAGGAGAAAGUGUCCGGGGUGGUGGGAGACUCCCAGAUGCAGCUAUCAGGGGGUCACCCUGGCCUUGGUGGGGACGGGCAUAAUCCUGUCAGCCAUAUGUAACACCCAGAUCCCGUGGAAUUUCCUGGGCUCUUGGAAGAUGUGGCCUUAUGUUAUUCUUCCAUCAUUCUCAGUGUGUGUGUACAUAUAUUGUCUGUAUAAACAAGUAUAAAUACGCAUUCACACACCGUACACACAUGCGUACUGCCAAAACUGACACAGCCAACUGGCCGCACUCCUGACCAUGACUACCAGCGCAAAUGUGAAGAUUUUUUGUUUUAUUUUUUAUACAUAUGUGUUUGGUUCCAUGACAUUAUGGAGCAGUGGAAGAGUAGUGUCCAACAGCAAAUGGACCUUUUACACUGCUGAGAAUGUUGCUCAGUGGAAAAGAAACCUAACAAACUAGGAAAUUAAAUCACAAGGAUUUGUGCCUAAUUGUUACAUGUUUUAUAUGAGACAUUUAAACAAAUUGCUCACAUGUUUGGAACAAAAUUUGUUUUGGAAUUGCUCAUAUAUGAGUAAUAGAUUUUUUUUUUUGAAGUUCAAAGUUAGUUUGUCAUUCCCAACUGAAUGGUACAGUCUUACACACAGCACAGAAAAAAAAAUCUGUUCCCCAGUAUCAGUGGUGAAGUCAAGAUCUGAACUCACCACCCAAGUGAGCUGGAGGGCUUUUCCUAGCUCUCUGCACAAAAGGAGGCAAGGACUUAAGGGACACACAUCAGACUGGAUCUCAUGUUUUCAGCAUUGCUGAAACUGAUUUUAGAAAGUUGUUCUUCCACUCCGCAGACAAAGGGAAAAUGUGGAGAGACUACAGUAUUGCCCCUCACAUACUUGUUCAAGUGGGACACACCGCUCUUGAGACUGUCUGAUAUAAAGGAGAAAAAGUGCUGUUUUAAAGCACUCAUUUAUGUAACGGGAGUUCCCUAGUUCCACUGACCUUUUCCUUUCAUGCCCAACCUGACAGGAUACUUAAGGCUUGACGGUAGGAACAGACAGAAGCUUCAUGAAUGCCUGUGGAUCCACCCAUCUGUCAAUAAUGGAGUUCCCUUCAUUAUGACAUGCACAGUGUUCUCCUUUAUGGGACUCUGCUGGGCGUCUUGUCUGCGCCGAAUACCUGCACCCUUGUGCCAACAUGCAUGCUUUUAUACGCUUCCCUGAGCGCAAGCCAAGAAUACUUAACAGAAAGUAAGAUUUUAAGAAGAGAGGAUUUUUUUUCUGCUGCACAAGGACUCCUGAGUGAAUAAACUUUGGGCAAUCAUCUAAGACCCCACCUGUGUUCCUCCCUUCGUAGAACCGUCUUGCUUUCCACUACGUUCCACAGAAUCACAUAUUCAAGACGUGUUUUGGAUCUAAGAAUCGAGUUGAAAAUCAUUGGAAGAUGGCCUCUGAACCACAAACCUCUCUCCCUCCAUGAUGCUGUGUAUGGAAUGGUGUUCAGUGCUGUUUUCCUUGCUGUGCUAGACUGGGCCUCCUGUUCAUGUGUUAACAUGCUGCAUUCACACGUCUUCACAUUGACACUAAGCAGGAGUUGAAACAAAGUCCAGUUCAUGUAUACAUGAAAGUAGGGGUGUUCCUUUAUGUAAUAUGAGCAAAAUGAAAUAUAUAUUUUUAUUAGAGUAUCCAUUGUAGAUUUGUAGAUGAAGUAGUUGCGAGUUUAAGUGUAUUUUAGAAGGGAGAAAGCAGAGAAUUGGAUAAAAUGGCUGUUAAUGAAUUUAAUUUCCCUCUAAUUGGACAGUCAUCUUUAAGUGAAGAAAAAGCAUUAUGGAUUUUUCCUUUUCAAAGGCUGUUUGAAAGGGUGGGGGGAUUAUGGGAAGGGCAGAGGGCUUUGGCAGGGUUUUAGAAAUAGUAUAAAGGUUAAUACAACUUGUGUUAAAGCCGACUGCCACUUGUAAAAUACAGUGUAAAAUAUAUCUGGUUAUCAAAUGGACUUUGGCACUCAGUGGUUGAAGUUGAACUCAUAAUUCUCCCUUUCUCAUCAUGUGUAAAUAUGGGUGGUGGUCCAGUGAUCCAGCCCUCUCAUGGAUAUCAGGAAAUUCUACAUUGUGAUGAAUUAAAGUGGGGAAAAUUUAUCUUUGUUACCCAGAUUGUAAUUUCCUUUAAAUGGGAAGGGAUGAUGUCAUAACCCAUAGUGAGCCAUCUUGUUUCCAAGAUGAGUGUUCUUAAAGAGUGCUGAAAUAGCAUCUAAAGGCAACAUGUUUGCCAUCAGGCUUUGAGACUGUAUGUCAUUCCCAAUGGUUAUUAUGCAACCCUUCGAAUGUACAGUUCAAAUAGUGCUUUCAUUUUCAGACAUGUUCACUGGGCUGUAAGCAGCCAUACUGUUCUUUUCAGUUAACAAUGUUAUAGUUAAUCUGUCUGCAUCCCUCAAAGUAGCAAAUAAACAUCUGUGUGACUACAGUAUCAGUGCAUUUUUGGGAGGGAAGCCUAACGAAUGAGAGAGUUUGACUUAAACUGGAGUCCAUGACCUGUCUGAAGGUGAGGCAUACACAGUAGGAGGUCGCCACAGGAGUGUGCUUUGUUCAUUUCUUGGUAGUAACGUCUUGGAGAGCUCUGAAAGUGUUCAAGUUAAUUUUUUAUUUUUUAAAAAUAAAAAUCAAUCAUGUGGCCUUUUCAUUCUCAAGACUUCAAAUGUCAUGAUGGGAAAGUGAUACCUUAUCAGUGCCUGAACAUUUUUUCAGUUAAUUCUUUAUUUCAGGUGUUUUCAAAAGCAUAAUGUCAUGUAUUGCUGAGAUGUGCGGUACACCUAGAGUGUUUUUCUUUAAUUUAAUGUGGCUUUAUAAAAGGAAACUAUUACAAGAAGGAAAUGGGAAUAGGGGAAAAAUUGGCAUUUUUCCUGUCCAUUCAUUAUGAUGGAAUAUACAACGUUCAUGAGGAAAAAAGAGCAAAAUGUUACUUGUUUUGUAGAUCUUUUUUAAUUUUCUUAUUAUUAAACUGGAUUCGACCAUUUCUCCAAGCUACUGUUCAGGUAGCAUUAUGGAGUAUGUUUGUCAAGUCCUUCUUUUUUUUGUUGUUUUCUUCCUUGUGUGUUUGAUAGCCACUUGACUGGUGUUGCUAGCUGGCCAGGAAGCUUGCAACACAACUGGGUUCAAAGAGACGCUUGUUUCUGUCUGUAGUUCUGUUUUCCGUCCCCUCAAUUCCCCCUCAUUCACAAGUUUCCAGCCACGGAGGGGGCUCAGCAUGUGGAGCUUUUUGCAUUAGACAUGUAAACCUGUGGAACAGACUGCAGUCAUUAAUCAUAAUCAUAUCUACAGAUUUUUAUAGAUGUAUUUUAAUAUUAGACAUCCUUAUAAACAUGCCUUGAUUUGGCCCAUAUUCAGAUUUUCUCUUGUCUGGCCCAAAACCCAUGGCUAAAGGUGUUUUGUAUGAACCCGUCAUGUGGGAAAGCUGUAAAUUUCACCAUUCAUGCCAAUCCCCCAUUUCUCAGACAAAUUUUGUCUUAGGAAAUUUCGGAAAGUGUGCCGCUCUUCAGUGGCUGACACCGACUGCUUGUGAAAUAUUUGAUCUUCCCCCCCCCCCCUCCAAGAACAGAUAUUCAGAUUUGUUUUAUUGCCUGUCCAGGUAAACCAUCAGCAUGCUUAUUAUCAUUGCAGAUGUGCAGGCAUGUACCGUAGAGCAUGGUAGGUUGCUGGACAGGGAGUAGAAUCAAUGGAAUGUCUGCCUUAUGUCUUACACCCUUCCUUAGCACAGACACUUGACAGAACCUGGCGUCUCACACUUACAAUGGGGACACAAACCAGCCUGCUGUUGUGUUCUUAGAGUGCCUCCAGUCCCAGUCUAUUUUUUUUAUAUAUAUAAAGUAGCUAUUGAGAACUGUCCUGUAUAUAACAGUAAUGUAGCAAUAAAU